GUGUGGGUUGAUGUUCAAGACCUUGAACCCGAAAAUAAAAAAAUAAAAAAUAAAAAAAAUAAAAAAAACAGUCUUAAUCUAAAAUCAGACAUAAAUCAAAUGAUAAGUCCGAAAAUUGCUGUUUGACAAAGGAAAACUACAUGAAAGUAGCCUAUAAAAGGACUUCCCAUUGGCUUUAAAGCUACUAUUAAGUCGUCCUAAUUUCCUAAGCCACCCCCAGCUUAAGUAACUUUAAAACCUCUCCAUGCAUAUAUAUAUAUAUAUAAUGAAAGCUCCUUUUCAUGAGAAGAGAAAAGUAUAGGUAUCUGAAUUCAGUUUCUGCUUCAAAAAAACUAAGCACUUUAAAAAGAGAAAUACAGAGAAAAAGAGAAAAAAACUGCAUUGUGUCAAGUCUAGCUCAAUGUCUGUCUCAGAAGUCCUCCCCUUUCUUCUGCCAUUGAUUUUAGCUCUAAUUUUCAUCUUCCAUCUCAUGAAGAGAAAGAAAAACAGUCUUAAUCUCCCACCAGGCAACAUGGGCUGGCCUUUCCUCGGCGAAACAAUCGGCUACCUGAAGCCAUACUCUGCUACUUCAAUUGGAGAAUUCAUGGAGCAACACAUAUCAAGGUAUGGGAAGAUUUACAAGUCGAAUUUGUUCGGCGAGCCUACGAUAGUGUCAGCGGAUGCAGGGCUCAACAAAUUCAUACUGCAAAAUGAAGGGAAGCUGUUUGAAUGCAGCUACCCAAGAAGCAUAGGUGGGAUUCUUGGGAAAUGGUCUAUGUUGGUUCUGGUUGGAGACAUGCAUAGAGACAUGAGGAUUAUAUCUCUCAACUUCUUGAGCAAUGCUAGGCUCAGGACUCAUCUGUUACCAGAGGUUGAGAAACAUACCCUGCUUGUACUCAACUCUUGGAAGGACAAUUCCACAUUUUGUGCCCAAGAUGAAGCAAAAAAGUUUACUUUCAAUUUGAUGGCAAAACAUAUCAUGAGUUUGGAUCCUGGAAAGCCUGAGACAGAGCAGCUGAAGAAGGAGUACAUUACUUUCAUGAAAGGGGUGGUGUCUGCUCCUUUGAACUUGCCUGGUACUGCAUAUAGAAAGGCUUUACAGUCGCGAUCGAUUAUUCUUAAAUUUAUUGAGCGAAAAAUGGAAGAGAGGAUUGGAAAAAUCGAAGGAACUGAGAAUUUGGAUGAAGAUGAUCUUCUUGGAUGGGUGUUGAAACAUUCGGACCUUUAUAAGGAGCAAAUUCUGGACUUGGUUCUAAGCCUACUAUUUGCAGGCCAUGAGACUUCAUCAGUAUCCAUAGCUUUAGCCAUCUACUUCUUGGAAGGGUGUCCAAGUGCAGUUCAGCAAUUGAGAGAAGAACAUACUGAAAUUGCUACAGCCAAGAAGCAAUCAGGAGAGGAGGAGUUGAAUUGGGAGGACUACAAAAAGAUGGAAUUCACCCAAUGUGUUAUUAGUGAGACACUGAGGCUUGGUAAUGUAGUGAGGUUUCUUCACAGGAAGGCUCUCAGAAACGUUCGGUACAAAGGGCAUGACAUUCCAUGUGGGUGGAAAGUGCUUCCGGUGAUUGCAGCCGUGCAUUUGGAUCCUUCACAUUUUGAGCAACCUCAACACUUCAAUCCAUGGAGGUGGCAGAACUUUUCAACCGGUUCGAGCACUACAAUGAGCAGUAAUUUCAUGCCAUUCGGGGGAGGAUCGAGGCUCUGUGCAGGGUCCGAACUGGCGAAACUCGAGAUGGCGGUGUUCAUCCACCACUUAGUUCUAAAUUACCGUUGGGAAUUAGUCGACGCGGAUCAAGCUUUCGCCUUCCCAUUCGUGGAUUUUCCGAAAGGGCUUCCCAUCAGAGUCCAAAAACAUAUGAAAGAGAGGACUCCAUGAACACACUUUAACAGAUGGACCUCAACCUCUCUCUCUCUCUCUCUCUCUCUCUCAGCCUUUCAUGUUUCAUAUAGGAACAUGACAAGGAUUUGUUUCUAUGUUUGAAGAUGAGGUUCCUUGGAUUUUCUAACUGCCUGGUGCAAGUUGUUUAGGCUUUCUAUUCAUGCUUCACAUGGACAGAGGGAAGACAUAAGUGAAGUACAAAUAUUACUAGGACCACCACAUUUCUCAUCACUCUCAUUGUAAAUUUUAUUAUCUACCCUUUGGUCCAUAUAUAUUAUUAUUCAUUUGUAUGUGAUAUGAUUUUAUAAUUUAUAUUGCUGUAAUUAAUUAUUUUGUAAUUUUAUUGGGAGAGCAUGGCCUCCAAUUGUAAGGAUUUUAAUAGACCAUUGGUUAAUGAGAUUUAGAGCUUGCUUAGUAAA